AUGCUCGACUGCCAGAUUCUCUCUCUAGGCUAUGAGUACAGAAUGUUCGGUGGGAACCUAAAAGACUACAUAUGCAUGGCUGUCCUUCCACUUAACAAGGAAGGGGAAAUUCUGGUUAUCGAUCCUUAUUCUUUGGACGUGACUCUCACGAUUCCGUCGUCGCUGCCUCUGGAGAUAGUAAACUGUCUUGUCCCAUCUGGCAAUGAUGAACUUUUCCUGGUUAAAGAGACCGUGUUUUUUAUUAUGGGAUUCUUGGGAAAUCUCUCUUGCUCGGGUAAGGAGCUUCCUGAUGGUUGUGGUGUGCCCGGGAACUCAAUUGUGAUCACGGAUGAGCCAGGCCGUGUAACUUACUUAUAUAAAUAUGGAGUAGAUACAGGAAACGCAGAAGACGACCUCAGUUUUUGGAGAUCCCCAAGAGAUACUUGUGUGAGGACCAUCAGCAGAUCUCCCAUGUACUAUCAUUUCAGGGUUGAGCAAAAUCUAUCUUUGGAGGCCUGA